AUGGGGAUGAUUAUGUCUAUGUUUCAGAAAAGUCAUAGAGUUAUCAUCUUGGGUCAAAAUGCUGUUGGAAAGACAACUGUAUUGAAUGCUAUGAUACAUGGAUAUCUUGCUCCUCACCCUAUUCCUAUUCCCGUCUAUGGAUUUGCUGUUGAAUGUGGAGUUUACAAGCAAUUUAAUUUAAUUGUAUUUGAUGUUCCUCUCUUGAAUAUGAAUAUUCCUAAUGCUGUAAGAUCUGACAUAAAUUUUGUACAAUGGAAUGGAAUGUACGAACCUCAAGAAGCAGUAAUAUUUAUAUUAAAUGCAACUGAACCAUUGGAAUCAAAAGAAUCUCUACACAGACUAUUGACAUUGGAUUCAUUAAAAGGUAAACCAUUUUUAAUACUUGCCAAUUUUUGUGAUUUACUACAACAUGAUCCAUCAGAAUCGAUUAUUAAAGAUUUGGAAUUGGAAAAAUAUGGUAGAGGUAGAGAAUGGACAUUAAGAUCAGUCUCUUCGGCCAAAGGUGAUGGGGAUUUUGUUUUUUAA